AUGUCAGUUUCAAUCACUGAGAACGUUGGCACCAUCUCGAAAAGCCAGGAUUCGAUCAGCAAGUACUCGGAGACUGCUCACCAUCUGACUGGCUCAAGACUUUACCUUGUUCUCGGUGGUCUUGGUCUUGCCAUCUACUUGUUUGCUCUGGACAUCGCAGUCAUUUCUACAGCUAUCCCGGCAAUCACAGUGCAAUUCAACGCUACCACGGACAUCGGCUGGUAUGGAGCAGCUUACCCUCUGUGCCUGUGCUCCCUGCAGCCUCUGUCAGGAAAGCUGUAUGCAACGUUUUCCCUCAAAUGGACCUUCUUCGUCUUUGUCGGCGUCUUCCUUCUAGGCUCACUGCUCUGUGGUGCAGCCGUCACCUCUAAUAUGUUCAUCCUUGGCCGAGCUGUUGCUGGGACUGGGGCAGCAGGGAUAUUCUCUGGCAGUUUGUCCAUCCUCGCGAUUGUGACCCCGCUCUCCAAACGUGCCCUCUAUACUGCCGCCCUCUCUUCUCUGUUCGGAGUCGCAACAAUCACCGGUCCAAUCAUUGGAGGGGCCUUGACGACAAAGGUAUCGUGGAGAUGGUGCUUCUACAUCAAUCUUCCCGUGGGGGUGGUAACACUAGCCGCGUUGGCCUUGUUAUUCCACCCACCGAUACGAGCUUCCGACAAAACACCCCUGGGGCAGAAGAUCCUGCAAAUUGACAUCGUUGGGUGCGCAAUUUUCAUCCCGACCAUCGUCAUGAUUCUUCUGGCACUACAAUGGGGUGGCCACCAGUGGCCUUGGACGUCGGCCACGGUGAUAGGGCUGCUGUGCGGCUUCGCUGGAUCUGCGACGGUCUUCCUCAUGUGGGAGUAUCACAAAGGCGACGAUGCCAUGAUCCCGUUCUCGAUCGUCUUCCACCGUUCGAUUUUGCUGAGUUGUCUCUUUAGCACCUUCAUGUUUGGCGCUUAUAUUAUCAACAUUUACUACAUGCCUGAAUGGUUCCAGGUGAUCAAGGGAGUCAGUCCACUCCAUAGCGGCGUCAUGACUCUCCCGGUGGUCUGCACUCAGAUUAUCGCUGCUACCAUUUCAGGAUUAAUCAUCAAUCGUACUGGCUACUAUAACCCUUGGUUAUUCGUCGGUGUCGGCUUCAUGGCGAUUGCGGCAGGGCUCUACACUACCCUCACCACUUCAACGCCCCACGCAAAAUGGAUCACAUACCUAGUCUUCCAAGGCAUGAGCGGAGUUGCUAUGCAAGGACCACUCCUCGCAGUCCAAGCCUCCCUGGCUACAAAACCCCAACAGAUUCCUGUCGGCAUUUCGACCGUGGCGUUCUUCCAGUACUUCGGAGCUUCUGUGUUUCAGAGCAUUGCCCUGGCGAUAUUUCAGAACCAGCUUGUGAAGUCACUCAAGCAGCGUGCGGGUCUUAAUAACGAGCAAGUGCAGCAAUUAUUGAAUGCCGGAUCAGGCCAUGCUCGGAAGACGACAUUGAGCUCAUUCCCAGAGAAGCUAGGGCCUGUACUCUGGGCAUACAACAAAGCAAUCACGAAUGUCUUUUAUGCUUCGCUAGCAUCGGCCAUCGUGGCGUUUGUGCUUGCUUUUGGCGUUGAAUGGAAAGAUAUCAGAGCGAAACCCGCAUCCCGGAAAGGCGACAAAGCUGAAACCGAAACCGCUCCACCCGGGGACGACGAGGAAGCUGCCAUCAAGAAGUCUAGCGACAGCAGCGGGCAAGCUUAA